AUGGACACUGAUGAUGCACGUCCUCCUUUAAUACCGUGCACUUCCCGUUUCUUGACCAGUCUGAUAACCCAGUUGGCGUCUUUCGAGAACCCAACAACAAAGGAUGGACCUGCCCAUCAUACGGGAGCUCUGCUUUCUCGGAAUCAAGAGCACGAGAGGGCGAAGAAUACACUGUCAAGACUUCCUGCAUCUGAUUUAUCAAGAGUGAAGUCUCUCAUGCUCACUCUUCACUGCCUCUUUCCCAAUGAGCUGUUACUCGCUCUCGAUAUCUUGGACCGGCGACUCGUGAAACGGUUCAUUGUCAGAGAGGAAUUGGAGCUUGCUAGUGCUGCUGGUACAGUAGAAGAAGAAGAAGAGCGAGAAGCUUCACCGCGUGGAAACGCACAACAGAUUAAUUCGGCAUUCUCGCCUGGACAAGCCGACGAAGAAGAAAUCUACUUUGUUCGCUCUAUGUUCCAACCGUCGACGCGAGGAGGGCCUCCAAAGACCUAUGAAGUCCGUCUUCGUUCGUGGAAUUGCACUUGCCCUGCAUUUGCGCUCUCCGCAUUUCGAGAUCUCGAGACCCAUGUCGCAGAAGCGGCCUCACCAUCAGCGAGGGAGGAAGACACUGCGUCCUAUCUACUACCAAACGAUGAAACGUGUUGGUUCGGAGGCACAUUGACUCGUGACCCUUCGAGAUCUUCCCCGCCGGUCGAUAUACAGGGAAAAGCAUUCAUCCUCUUUCCGUUGGACACUUUUUAA